AAGCAAUUUGUAAUAAAACCACUGGGCAUUCGAGUUUAGCACUUACUCUCUGACGGUGAAAUGUGUUGACCGUAUCGAUCGAUGUCGUAUUAUUCACAAAUACGGAAAUAAGCGCGUACAAAGUGUUGAAAUCACGCGCAUGAAAGUAGAUACAUCUUUGUAAGGCUUUUAUGAGAGCACAUAAUACAAGCUUUCAUUCCACCGAAAUCCCAAGCAUCCUUCGAUGAUACUAUCUCAAUAAUGGGCAGUUGUGUUACUCGUAGUAAACAAAUUGAACCUAUCUCAACCAGCAGUCGAGAGAGAUGGAAAAACGAAGCGAAGAUUGAGCAAGUUUACAGCAGAGUUACCGAUGGAGGUCUUGACAAACGCGCCGUUUAUGUUAAUCAGUUCAUCAAAGAGCGAUAUGAAAUAUUCACUUCCAUCGGUAAGGAGAGUUUGGUCAUGUCGUUAGAGCUCAGGACAAACACAACAAAAUGCCUUACGCAAUUAAAGUGAUUGAACUGACGCCAGACAUUCGCGCUAAAUCAAAAGUCGAGUUGCAAAUCCUGAGGAAAGUCAACCAUAAGUAUGUCAUUCGUUUGUACGAAGUUUACGCAACAACACGCCGGCUUUAUCUUGUAAUGGAUUUGGCUACUGGUGGAGAGCUUAUGGACAGGAUUUCCCUGUUGGGAAACUUCAAUGAACGCGAUGCAUCACAUGUUCUGUACAUGAUCCUCGAUGGUCUACGCUACCUGCACUCCAAUGGUAUCACCCAUCGAGAUCUCAAACCACAAAACAUCCUUUACUAUCAUCCUGGAAGCAAUUCGAGGAUUAUUAUUACGGAUUUUGGUCUUUCUGCCAUGAGUGACUCGUCUCAAAAUCCUGCAAAUUACCUCAUGAAGACGGACUGUGGUACUGUGGAGUACAUGGCACCAGAAGUCAUCACUCGCGCGCAUUACACCAAUGCAGUUGAUAUGUGGUCAAUGGGUGUGAUUGCAUACAUCGUACUGAGCGGCCGCCUGCCUUUCCCGCUCAAUGGAAACAUUCUGUCCACAUUGCGAAUGAUUUGCUUUUGCAAGUACUCUUUUGAAGAGGAGCCGUGGAAUGCGGUUUCCGACGAGGCAAAGACCUUCAUCAGAUCGUUGCUUGUUGUUGAGCCUGCGAAGCGUUUGACCGCUGCUCAAGCUCUCAAACAUCGCUGGAUAAAACGGAAGACUCACAAUAAACAGAACCUGCAGAAAUCCAUCAGCUCCAAUUGGAACGACUCUAGAACUUCGCUACAAAAUGAAAAGGGCUUAAAAUGCCAAGCUCGGGAAAUCUUACAAAAGUCGAAGCCCAGAACAAGCCAUAGGCCAAGCACAAACACAGCAAGAUUGCACAGAAAGCCUUUGGACUCGAUAAGCUGGGCAAGAAGUCCAGAAGGACACACCAAAGAUCGUAAAAACAGAGUUAGGAGUCACGUGUCAAGAAAGGGAUCGAACAAAAAACACCAAGAGAAGAAAAUAAGAAGAAGUACAAGAACUUCAAGGAGUAAGAUAAGUAAUGUAAGGUACACCAAGGGAUUUAAAUUGUUAAAAGAAAGCGGGAAAAGGGAUAGCGAGAAACUGACGUCAAAGGUCAAUACAAAUGACGUGGCCGGCGUUCAGUUGAGGAAAAAACAACUUUCGUCAACUCUGAGCACGAAUUCAAGCACAAAUGACAGUCUGUACUCGGAGUCAAUCAAUCAGAAAAUUACCGUUAACGCAACCGUGAAUGUGAGAACUUCAUGCAAAGAAUUGCUCAAGACAAACUUAAACAUGUCAAUGGUUGAAAAAACCAAUGAAAUCGAUGUCAAUGGUAAUUUAGCCUGUGAAAAUGAAACAUCGUCGUCCUUAUAGCAACUAUAGAGUACGGCUACUUUAGUCGAUAAGAAGGCGAGCGUUGAAAAUAUACUCCUACCUGUUUAAGGUUAUGGUUUGAGAACUCAUCAACGUUUAUAUGGCGCUUAUUGUAUACAUGGAGAGCAGACAAUUUAAGGCAAGGUCCCUCUCUCGUUCUUCUAUGUAAAGAAUUUCAACUUUCUACUUCAUUGAACAGUAACAUUGUAUAUAGUAAUGGCUUAAAAAGACAAAAACUUGGAAUACGGAAUGAGCGUCAUUUUUCCAUUUCUGUUUGCUCUUAUUGUCAAGAUUAUAGAAAAUGCCCGUACCAAUUCACGUACAAUGAUUUUCUGGAUCAAAAGUUGUAUCGCCCUCUUGCUGCUCGUACCUUGCAUAUAUUUGGUUGUAACGCUUCAUUACUACAGAAAUGAAGAGAGGGAAACUCCAGAAGGACGCAAGACUUUUUGCCGUUUUCUUGAAGAGUCGCAUAAAUCUGUCGACUGUGAUAGUCUUGUGACCCCUUCAGUCCUUUUCUUCCUUUCUGCAUUGAUUUUGUUCGUCGAGGCUUGGAUUGUAAGUGACCAUUUAUACAUAUGUUGCGUCCAUAGUAAAAACAUUAUGGUGGUCGACAAGUCUAUAAUACCAAAAAUAAAUAAAAGUACAAAAAUUAAUCAUAUGACAGCCGGAAAUAAAAUUUUUGAAGCAGCCAGAACGAUAAAGGUUUAUUUAACGCCGUUUUAUUUUUAGAUUAACACAUCUUCAUAUAUUAAAUAAUAAAUAUAUAUAUUCGUAUGCUUUAAUCUUUGGUAAUCCAUAACCAAAAUUGAUUUCAAUAGAAGCUUCUAAGGUAGAAGAUGCAUAUAUGAAUAGUUGCCGCCGCCGCCCCCACCCCCAAUAUUGUGCCGAAGACAGUUUUCCGUAUGAGAGAGAAAUUUCCAAGUAUUCUGACACUCGCCGGUGUCGAGAUAACACGUGGUUUCACCCACAUACGAUGCAGAACAUGCUGUUCACCAAAUGAGCGUACAAUUUCAUGAGUGAGGAAAAAAAAUGAGAGCUUUAUACACCUUGAAAAUAGAUAAUUAUAGUUUGCUAUAUAUUUAAAGUCUCGUCGAACUAUGUAUUAUUUAAUGAGAAAAUAUCUUUGUUAAAAAUAAAUUUAGCGUCAUCUA